UAGAGUCUGGCUACGCAAGGCCAACCGUUCCAGUCAGAUGGUUCGGAAGCUAAAGUAUCACGAGCAGAAGUUGCUCAAGAAGGUCGACUUUCUGUCAUGGAAGACAGACAACACUCUACGCGAGGUGAAGGUAAUGCGUCGCUACCACGUCCAGAAGCGAGAAGACUAUCACAAAUACAACAAAUUGUGCGGACUCGUCAAGUCCUUGACGGCCAAACUGAAAUCGCUCGGGCCACGCGACGCAUUUCGAAUCGAGAACACGCAAGAUUUAUUAGAGAAGCUCUACAGCAUUGGAGUAAUUCCCAGCAGGAAAAACUUGUCUCUGUGUGAGAAAGUGUCGGUGUCGGCAUUCUGUCGUCGUCGCCUGUCAGUGAUCAUGGUCAAACUGCGCAUGUCACAGACUGUCAAGGAUGCUGUGAAAUUUAUCGAGCAAGGACACGUGCGUGUAGGACCGGAGGUGAUUACUGAUCCUGCAUUUUUGGUGACUCGAAACAUGGAGGAUUUCAUUACAUGGACAAACGCAUCGAAGAUACGCAGACACGUGAUGGAAUAUAAUGAGGAGAGAGACGACUAUGAUCUGAUGUGUUGACGUCGGUGAUUGUGAGUGUGACAAAAGGUAGCAGGAGAGAUGGGUUAAUUAAUUAAUUAAUUAAUUAGCUUGCGUUAGGCCUUAUGCUUGUAUCCAAGGAAGUAAUAAUUAUUAUGUAUGAUUGGAGUGUAUGGCGUGCUGUUCGAGAUAAACGUGGGCAAUCAAUUUGGUGCUGGACGGAUGGUGCGUAUCAUACUCACUGAUCGUGCACCAUUGUGCUUAGGCACUGGAGCCAGUCUCGCUGGUCAUGUGACUAAUGGUUGACUGUUGACUGCUGUAGACUUUCAGUCUAAUGUCUGAUGGUGUAGUUGAUUAAAUAAGUAAUAUAUAUUUUUCUACAAAA